AUGAAGCUGCUUGUCAUUCUUCUUGCACUAGGUGCCUUCGCAGCGGCAGCACCGGGUCAGAAUUUAGAAGGAUGCUCCCAGAAGGGCCAACUCUGCGAUGGCGGCUCGCAUUUGUGUUGCAAGGGAGAGUGUCCCGGGUAUGGUCCAGGAUUUGUGUGCAAGUAA